AUGCCGGCGUCGGAGAAUGCAUGGGACCGGCGAGAAGAGGGUCCCUAUUCUCACUUGCAGCGUUUGGAUCAUGGGCGUCUAGUUCAGCCACGCUUUGAUCAUUAUCUUGGCAGACAACCGACAGAGUGGGACAAUCCCGCUCAUAGGCUGGAGAAUCGGUCCGGGCGACACAUGUCUGCGUGGGACAACGCAUGGGGUCGACAUGACGGAGCAGGCUAUUCUAACACACCCCGUUAUGAUCAAUUUCGUCAGGAGCAUGCACAUUACGAGAAGAUGAAAGCCCCGCAUUUCGAUGGAUCUGAUGAGGCCGUGGAUUGGGAUCCCUGGGGUAAUCGGUUCCCAGAUCACCAAAUUCAAAACGGUCACAAGUCGUGGGAACCCCAGGAGCAGCGACAACCAGUGUCCUUACCGAUCGCGGAUGGGGGAUUUUCCAAGGAAGAGGAUCAGGACUACCGUGAGCUUCUCUCGGUGCGGGAUUCCUUCAGAUACACAGAGGGUGUAAAAGUUGUUGAUGUUAGUGAGGAUGCUCCUGCUGUAGCUGAUGAAAAUAAUGUUGCUUCCCGAACGGUUCUCUAUGUUCAGGAUAGUUUGGAAGGGAAACCUGAGGUUUUGCUCCACUCGAACACGUUACGUGAUGAUGGAACUGUGGCACUGAGUGAAAAUGCAGUUAGUGAGGAUGGAAAGUACUUGGCCUAUGGCAAUAGUUCAAGUGGAAGCGAUUGGGUGACCAUUAAAGUUAUCAAGAUUGAUUAUAGAACCACUGAGCCUGAUGUUGUUUCAUGGGUUAAGUUUUCGGGUAUUAGUUGGACGCAUGAUGGCAAGGGUUUUUUCAACAGCCGUUAUCCAGCUCCGAAAGAGGGAGAGAAUUUAGAUGCAGGCACAGAGACCCUUUCCAACUUAAACCAAGAAGUGUAUUAUCAUUUUUUGGGUACCAAUCAGUCUGAAGAUAUCUUAUGUUGGAGGGAUCAUGAUAAUCCCAAACAUUCACAUUCUGCUUCAGUCACGGAAGAUGGGAAGUAUGUUCUUUUGUACAUUGGAGAAAGUUGUGACCCAGUCAACAAGGUUUAUUACUGUGAUUUAUCAUUGCUCUCUAAAGAACUUGAAGGUUGUAGGGGGACAAAGGAGUUGCUACCUUUCAUAAGGCUUGUUGAUAACUUUGAUGCUUCCUAUCACUAUGUUGCAAAUGACGAGACGGAUUUAAUCUUCCUCACAAGUAAAAAACCUCCAAGAUACAAACUUGUACGAGUUGAUCUAACAGAACCUAAUUCCUGGACUGUGGUACUUCAAGAAGAUAAAAAGGAUGUGCUUGACUCUGCUUCAGCUGUAAGUGGCAAUCGGAUAGUUGUGAAUUAUUUAAGCGAUGUGAAAAAUGUUGUGCACACAAGGGACCUGAGAACAGGUGACCUGUUGCACCAUUUACCACUUGACAUUGGAACUGUAUCUGAAAUUUUUGCUCGACGCAAAGACAGCAGAAUCUUUAUUGGAUUUACAAGCUUCCUAGUCCCUGGAAUUAUAUAUAUGUGCAAGUUGGAAGGCGAUAUGAGUUGUCUAAAUGAGAAAAUCGACCACACGAAAUAUGCAUUUGGAGAUGUGAUUUUAUUUGGUCAUGGUCAAAGAAUGAAGAUUGAUGAGCAUACGGAGUUUUGUGAUAGCCGGGUUUCGGAGCCAGGAUGCCUCAUUGCUCAUUGGUUUCCACCUUGA